CCCAAAUUCAACGUCUUUAACAUAGGACCCCUUCUGUGUUUUGUUUCAAUGCGCACCAAAAUGAAAUAAUGCCGCUUGAUUAUUCUAAAGGGACCCCUUAGUGCUUGCGUGAACGGGUAACGGACGGCUCUUAAAUUUCAAAAAAAAAGUCUUCAUUUAUGUUAUCAAGUGCGCCUAGUACCUUCUAUAAAGUUUCUUAAUUUCGAGCAUCACUUCAAUAGUCCACAUUUUCACCUACGAUUCAGCAUUGACUUAGGCUUGAUAAUUUGGUCAACUCAAAAUUUAAAUACAGAAAAAGUCUCAGAAAUAUUUUGUCAGAAUUCAGGAUUCAAAAGAGUCAUGGAGAGGUAUAUAAUUUUAUAGUCAUAUAUUAAAUUAGAAUAAGAAAUUUUAGUUCGGAACUUAGAAAAACAACCAAAACUAAAAAAAAUAAAAUAAAAUAAAAAUCUUAUCUCUCUGUUUUCUCCCUUAUCUGCUUUCUUCCUCCGUAUGCCUUUCAACAAUGGCAGUUUCCAAUCCAUGUCCAUACCUCUUGAGGAUCGCCUUAUUCCUGAUUCUAAUCACAACCGCCGAGUCAUUUUUCUACAACUUUACCUCUUCCAAUCAAAGCACAGACGGCAUACUCUUUGAAGGUGAUGCAACUAAACACAAUGAUGGUCUCCACCUCACAAACAAUCCAGUCGACCGUAACCUCAACCAAAGCAAGGGUAGAGCCUCGUAUGAUAAAAAAGUGAAGCUUUGGGAUGCCAGAGCGAAAACUCUUGCAGACUUCACCACCCAUUUCUCAUUCAUCAUUAAAAAAAUGGAUGGUAUUCAAUAUUACGGUGACGGUAUGGCCUUCUUUAUUGCACCAUUUGAUGCAAAACUUCCUGCCACUGCAUACGGGGGAAGCCUUGGAAUAUUCAGUUCUGAAACUUUGUUCAAUAAGUCGAGAAAUCAAAUUAUUGCUGUGGAGUUUGAUACUUACAAGAAUGAAUGGGAUCAGAGUGAUGAUCACGUAGGAAUCGAUGUCAACGACAUCUUCUCAGAAGAAUCUUUGCCACUGAAUAGAAGCAUGAAAAACGGUGAAAUAGCAAAUGCAUGGGUAACUUACAACUCCACCACUAAAAAUCUAAGUGUUUUUCUUACAUACGCUAAAAACCCAGAAUUCCAUGGUCAAUCCAACCUUUCACAUACUAUAGAUUUACGGGAGCAUUUGCCGGAAUGGGUUAGAUUUGGAUUCUCUGGUUCCACUGGAUUAGGAGCAGAAAUACAUAACCUUCUUUCUUGGUCAUUCAACUCAACCUUGAACCACGUGGUGGAUAAGAGAAAAAACAGAGGCGAAAGAGGAGUGUGGAUUGGUUUAACGGUGGGAUUUGGUGUUUUGAUCUGCGGAUUAGCUCUACUUUGGUUUAUUUGGAGAAGGACGGCAGCUAGGAAUAAGGAAAUAAAGGAGGAAAACGAUGUCUCCAUGGAUGAUGAAAUUCAGGAAGGAACUGGGCCAAGGAGGUUCAUAUACCAUGAAUUAAUUCGUGCGACUAACAACUUUGCAGAGGAAGGAAAGCUCGGAAAAGGAGGAUUCGGAAGUGUCUACAAGGGUUUAUUAGCUGAAUCCAAUACAGAAAUUGCGGUGAAGAGGGUUUCAAGAGAUUCAAGGCAGGGGAAAAAGGAGUACAUGUCAGAAGUGAAAAUCAUCAGCCGCUUGAGACAUAGGAAUUUGGUUCAACUCAUUGGUUGGUGCCACGAACAGGGUGAGUUCCUUCUCGUCUACGAGUUUCUUCCCAAUGGAAGCCUUGAUUCUCAUCUAUUCUUCGGGAAAGUCACGCUAACUUGGACUCUAAGACAUAAAAUAGCCCUUGGGUUGGCCUCUGCCCUGUUGUAUCUUCAUGAAGAGUGGGAGCAAUGUGUUGUGCAUAGAGAUAUCAAGUCAAGCAAUGUCAUGUUGGAUUCGAAUUUCAAUGCUAAGCUUGGAGAUUUUGGCCUAGCAAGGCUUAUAGACCAUGAAUUGGGUGCCCAAACUACAGUUUUGGCAGGCACCAUGGGAUACUUAGCUCCAGAGUGUAUCACAAUUGGUAGAGCUAGUAAAGAAUCCGAUGUCUAUAGUUUUGGGGUGGUUGCCCUUGAAAUCUGCUGUGGAAGAAGGCCAGUUGAACGAAAGGCAGAUCCAAGCGAGGUAAGCCUGGUGGAGUGGGUUUGGAACCUCUAUGGACAAGGCCAAAUUCUUGAAGCAGUUGACAAGAGAUUAAGAUUGGAUUUCGACCAGCAGCAGGUCUGUCGCUUGAUGGUUGUUGGACUAUGGUGUUGCCAUCCUGAUCCGGCCGUUCGACCCUCUAUAAAGCAAGUGAUAAAUGUUCUGAAUUUUGAAGCUCCAUUGCCAAGCCUGCCUGCAACGUUGCCAGUGCCAAUGUAUUCGGCCCCUUCAUUCCAAAUGCGUAGCUUCUCAUUUACAUCAUCUGAUCCUCCAAAUACAGGGUCGCUUACAGGCAUAAUGCAGUGUUCUUGUAGCAGUUGCACUGCUAAUCCAUCAACAUCAGCAGGCUCUUCUGAAACUCCAUUCAAAUAAUCACAAAGCUUUAAUGUAGAAUGCAAAAAGCUUCUUCCUUUGUUUUAUGUCCGGUUGAAAGAAAGGAGCAAACUAAGAAAAGAAGUUAGUCAGCCUUCAAUUAGAUAAUUGUUUGCUCCUUCAUUUAUGCUAAUAAUUUGUUGGUGUUUUUUUUUUUUUUUUUUUAAUAAAACAUGCCAAUAUGGUACA